AUGUCGCACCCAAUAAACCAGGCCAACGAGAACAGCCCCUAUGGAGAGCUAACAAGGGAAGAAUUCUACAAGAAACACAAUGUUACUCACCAUGAAAGCUUCAUCCUCAAUGCACAGAAGAUGAAGAUCUUCACUCAAUCUUGGCGGCCUGAUUCUGACACAAAGCUCAAAGGGGUUGUAGCCAUGGUCCAUGGCUACACCUGUGACAGUGGCUGGAUAUUCGAGCUCACUGGCGUCGCCAUAGCAAAACUUGGGUUCCUCGUUUGCUCCCUCGACCUUCAAGGCCAUGGUCGCUCCGAGGGAGCCCCUGGUUCAAUCCCAGAUAUCGAACUCCUCGUCCACGAUUGUACACUGUUCUUCGACUCUAUUCGAGAACAGCAUCCAAACCUCCCUGCUUUUCUCUACGGGGAAUCCCUAGGGGGUGCAAUUUCAAUCCUGAUUUCCUUGAAGCAAGAGGGGGUUUGGAACGGAAUAGUGUUAAACGGUUUCAUGUGUGGAAUAUCAGGGAAAUUUAAACCGAUUUGGCCAUUGGAGAAGCUUCUUCCAAUAGCAGCGUCUUUAGCGCCGUCAUUACGGUUGGUGAUAUCGAAGCCAGUAGCGAGCAAAUCAUACAAAGAGGAAUGGAAGAGGAGAUUGGUAGCGAGGAACCCUAAUCGGCGAUUUUCGGGAAAGCCGCCGAUGGCAACAGCAUUGGAGUUCCUUCGAGUGUGUGAGUACAUAAAGAGGAACUGCCAUGAAAUCAGGGUUCCAAUGCUGAUGGUUCAUGGGGAAGACGACGUGGUUUGCGACAGCUGGUCGGCGAGAUAUGUGUUCGAAGCGGCGGAGAGUGAGGACAAGACGUUGAAGGUAUAUCCCGGAAUGUGGCAUCAGUUGAUCGGAGAGGCGAAGGAGGAUGUGGAGAUUGUUUAUGGCACUAUUUUGAACUGGGCUCCGUUGUGA